CCUUGUGCUUUACCGCCAAAAUUUUCUAGAAUAAUUUUCCUAGUUUUCUCUUUUUAGCGUGUUAUCUGUGUGUACAUCCAACUGAAGGAAACGCCUCUGACUUUGACCUAUGAUCUCGGCUACCAACAGUUUCGAAGUCUGUUGCAGAUGAUGAUUUCAUUUUGCGACCAGAAGGAUGGACACCUCACAUAUUUCAUCUUUGGCAAGUCUGCUUCAAGACUCGGAGAAGCUCGCUGCAGAUAUCAAUGGCGGUCAAGAGCUCCCACGCGUUGUACGCAGUAUCACGCAAAUGGUUACAGAUGGUGACCAACUCUGGAGUCGAGUAUCUGAAGGCGCUGCUAGCCGUGAACAAGCCGAUGUGCAAGCCGCCAUUCUUCUGGGUUCGCAAGGUUUCAAUUUACCUAAUCUAUCUCAUCAUAUCGACCAACUGACAGCUGCUCAAACUUUCGCGCCAAUUCAAAGUAUUCAGGCGACUGACAUUGACGGCUUUUUACGUAAUGAGCGCCAGAAUGCUCUAACGUCAGCUAUCCUAGAACACUCGAAGAAUACAAAUGAUGAUCUCGCAAGCUUUGUUGUUUCUGCUGAACAAGAAAGGUGGGAAGAUCAGAAGCGAAAGGUUCUAUCGUCAAUCGAGUUCAGUGCGGACACCACGAGCGAUAUGAGGUUCCAGUCAUUCAACGACUCGCUUAACAUGACCAACACCAUGUCCUUUUCUCGCGGCCGUGAUCUGAUCGUGAGUUCGACCGGUGCUCCAAUACGAGCCCGCCUUUCUCCAGAAGAGCUGAAGUAUGCUCGAGCACUUUCUGAGCACAAUGCUGCCUACCUGUGUGGCGCACUUCUAGGCGAAUCGCAAACGCUCGUCGACAAGAUGGCACAGGUCGCCGAACAGCUUGAGCUAAAGGACGUAGCUUUGCUCUGGCAGGUACUACAAGCAAUACAAUGUAAAAAUAUUGAUCAAGGAAAUGACCGGUUGUCCUUGAUGCACGAAGCAAAACGAUUCCUUGAAAAAAAGCAUUUAAAAGAUCUUCGUGCUACCGUCUAUGGCAACUUAAAUAAGGCAGCCCUCGGCGGCGUACCCGGAACUGCCCAACUGAUCAGAGCGUAUCUGAAUGUGAGGCCAGUACCCCGAAUGUUUUCGGAUGAACCUGUGAUUAAUGAUCAUCCUGUCUGGGCGGUUUUGUAUCAUGCACUCCGUUGUGGGGACUUAGCUUGUGCUCGUGAAGUUGCGCAGCAAGCAGGCAUGGCAGACCUUGCCGGCAAAUUCCAAGAGUGUCAACGUAACCCUCACCAGCGCUUGGGUGACGCUAGUGCAGCUGAGCUACGAAUUAAAUAUAUGCGCGAUUUUGGCUUGAAUCUGUGCACAGGUAACCCGCACCAGCGGGUCGUAUUGGCGGUAUUGGCAGGCUGUGAUGUGGAUAGUGACCACGGCCCAGUCGGCAUGGCCAGCAUCGAGGAUUAUCUUUGGAUAAUGAUGUGCAAGGCGCUUGCGGCUCCUAUUUCACACAGUCAGGACGUGCUUCCAUUGGCGAAGCUACAAUCGCGUAUCACAGACGAUUACGGGGAGACUCAUUUUGAUGCAGCUCAGCGACCGUUACAAUUUGCCUAUGUGCUGUUACUUACAGCGCAGUUUGAAGUAGCCAUUGAGUUUCUCUAUCGGACGGACGUUCACAAGUGUCAUGCGGUUCACAUGGCAAUCGCGUUGAAUCAGCUUGGCCUGCUACGUAAUACGGCACAGACGAUCGAUCCCGUCCUUGUCAAGGAGGGUAGCAAUUGCCAGUUGAACUUGCCUCGUCUUAUUACCUCGUACACUCGUCGCUUUGAAAUGUCCGAGCCGGAGCUUGCUCUUGAGUAUUACUAUGCCCUAAAAGAAAAGUAUGAACCGCUUUGGUUGCAGUGUGUCAUUGAACUGGCCUUGGAAACGAAAGCGUUUACGAAAAUACUUGGACAACGAAAUGCUGAUGGGGGAACCGUGCAGGGUGCAUUGGACAAAUUCGUCUGUACGGGAUCCACUGGCAGUCAGGAACGUAACCGAGUGGCAACGGCUGUUGCGGAAGCCGCCGAAUCUCGUGGACUCAAUGAAGAAGCUGUGGCACUUUAUGAAUUGGCCAAUGAAAAGCAGAAAUGUGUCGACCUACUUACCAAAGUUCUAUCCCUACAGGUAACACAAGCAGGGCCAGAAGGUAGUAAACGGGCUAAGCUUCAGAAGAUUGCACAGCAGGUUCUCGACCGUCACAACUCGCCCGCUCUCAGUCUUCUCAUGGACCUGAUAACAUUUUUCGACCUCUACCACGCAUCGAAGAAUGAAGAGGCUCUUGAACUGGUGGGAAGACUGCGGCUUGUCCCGCUGCAAUUGUCCGACGUCGACGUAAUGGUCACCACAUUUUGUGGUCUCAGCGAACAAAUUCGCAGGGUGAUUCCGGAUAUUUUGCUGGCGCUGAUGACAAUUUUGGGCGAACAGUACAAGGCUAUCAAGCGGCCGUCGCAUCGAACCUCGCUCAGCUUACUUCCUUUGCUUGGAGGUGGAAACCAGGCUAAGCUCGAGCUCAUUAAAAAGCAGGCGAAUGCGAUCAUCAAAUAUGCUGGAAUGGUUCCUUAUCGACUGCCGUCGAACGUGAACGCUCGGCUGGUACAAAUGGAGGCAAACAUGGCUUAAAGCCGCCGUGAACUCAAGUAAACCGAAGGCUCGACAUGAACGCACAGAAUGCAGAUCGUGUGGGCUGUGUAAUCCUGCCUGAAAGCAAGGAGUCACAAGGAAGGAUUAAAGAUUCAAAGAGACGUCCGGCAUGGAGGGUGUAGGCAGACUAUCUAUCAAUUCGACGCAAAAUCAUCGUGUUUGUUUGUAUAUUAUUGGUAACACGUCAUCUAAAAUAGAAUGUAUGCGCAUAAGCAGUGAUACGAUUGUUCCAUGAUACUAAUUUUUAGGUGUACUAAACAUGCUGUAAAGCUAUGUGAAAAUAUUCGCGUAAUGAAUGAACACAGAUAUAAAAGGCUAGAAUUACAAAAUAGUGACACUACCAUUUGAAUAAAUGUACCAAAUCUUAU